AUGCCAAUACUUAGGAAAAUACAAAAGCCACGAAGGAUUGGUGUACUAUUACUAAUUUCGUCAUUUAUUACAGGAUUAUAUUGGAUAUUAUCAGUUAGCUCUCGGCCUCAUAUAUUUGGUGAUCUUGUACAACAUGGUUAUACCAUAUCUGAAUAUGCACAUGAUGUAAAUAAUCGAUUUAUGAUAAUUCAAAAGCACUUUGGAAGUCAUCUUGCUCCAAAGGAUGAGAACAUCAAUAUAUUUUGGAGGUUUUUAAAUCUGGAGGGAUCUGAAAGGGUUAAUUAUGACGUUCAUUUCGUCGACGGAUAUGAUUAUGAUGAUAUGUUGAAGGCUCAAAAAACGCUUAUUGGGGAUAGAAUGAAGUAUUCUGAUCUGGAUCGAUUGAAAAUGGAAACCAAUUUCUGUAAGGAAUUCCAAACAUUUCUUGCAAAUCUCCUCAAAUCAAUUCAAGAAUGUAAACCAAGAAUAGAUCUGAUAAAUAAUAAUGAACAUUACCCAAACCAGGAGAAUUCGAAAUAUCCUACUAGAGAAGGACGUGCGCCUCUUUAUGGUGGGCAUUUGAGAGAGAAUUAUUUACAAGAGCCAGUUAGAACUGAGGAGAUGCUUAGCUCCUAUUUGCAUUUAACAGAGGAAGAAUUGAACUCAUUAAAAAGUUCACAUGAUUCCUUUUUGUCAAUAAUGCCACAAGAAUUCCCUCAAGAAUUGUUUAAUAAUAGUUUGCAUAACAAUUUCAUGAAGGGUGAUGGAAUUAUGUACUUGGGAGGUGGUAGAUAUAAUCAAUUAGUAUUGCUAUCUUUGAAGACAUUAAGAGACCUGGGUUCAGAAUUACCGGUGGAAGUUAUCCUCCCUCAAAGGUCCGAUUAUGACAUUGGUUUCUGUCAAAAUAUACUACCAUCGUUUAAUGCAGAAUGUAAAGUGAUGACUGAUUAUCUUCCAUUAGAAUAUGUUGAUAAAAUUGCAGGAUAUCAAUUGAAGAAUGUUGCUUUGAUCAUAUCGUCAUUUGAAAGAGUUUUGUACUUGGAUGCAGAUAAUUUGCCUAUCAAGAACCCUGAUGUAUUUUUUUCAAAUCCACCAUUUUCGAGUCAAGAGAUGGUUAUAUGGCCAGAUUUAUGGAGAAGAUCAACCUCUCCCUAUUUCUACAAAAUUGCAGGUAUUCAUGUCGAUCCUAAAAACAAAACACGAAAUAGUUACUUUCAUGACGAUCCCAAGGGGAAAUCGGAUUUAACCUUCUCUUAUCAUGAUUGUGAAGGUGCUAUUCCAGAAGCAUCAUCAGAAACUGGUCAAAUCUUGAUUAAUAAAAAAGUUCAUUUCCGGACUUUGGUCCUAUCGAUGUUUUACAAUUAUUUUGGGCCAGAAUAUUAUUACCCAUUAUUGUCACAGGGGGCAGCCGGCGAAGGUGAUAAGGAAACUUUCAUAGCGGCUGCACAUAAGCUCAAGCUUCCGUAUUACCAAGUUCAGGAAUUUACAAGGGAAUUUGGACCUCCUUCAAAAAACUCAAAUCAGCAUCAAUUCUUUGCUAUGGGUCAGUACGAUCCCAUAGUUGAUUUCAUUCAAAAAGAAAAUAUUAAAGACAAAGGAAUUCGAGGAAGCAGUACAAUGAAUCAUUAUAGUGAUUCAGAACCCGUCCUAGCUACUAAUGAGUAUGAUUUGGGGAAGAGUAAUUACAAAUACCAUUUGUUUAAAUCUUCACAGUUAUUUUUUUUGCAUGCCAAUUGGCCAAAACUAAACCCUGAAGAAUUGUUUCUCUCGAAUGCGUAUGGAAGAGGACCAAUUCAAGAUGGAAUUAGAAUUCGCUUAUAUCAAAAUGAUGUAAUCAAAGAAUUAAAUGGAUACGAUUUUGAAUUGCAAAUAAUGGAGAAUCUACAUUGGCUUUAUUGUGAACAUGAUUUAGAUUUAAAUGGUCUUGCACCUCCAAACCUGCCUAAACGUCAAGAAAUAUGCAUUCAAAUCCAAAACGAAGUACAGUUUCUAUCAAAAGAUAAUUUCCGAUCAUAA